AUACGACCUAAAUCACGGUUUGAAGUCACGUGAUCUGCGGGACAGCAACCUUGGAAUCUUCCGGUUUAGGGCUCGCGUUAGCCCAACCUUGGAAUCUUCCCAACCUCAACCUUCCGUCGUUCCCAGCCUCACACUCAUCGCUCUGUCUCAACGCGACAUCUGCCGUCGUUUCUGUCAACGACGGCGUCUUUACUGAGUUCAGAACAUAGAAUCUCUGCAUGUCUAUGAUUAUGCUAGAUCUUAUAUCUGGAUUUGUUGAGUCUCAGCGUUUGUUCAUGCACAGUCCACACUGAUGAUCUAGGUUUCCCAAGUUUCUGUUUUUGUUCACAAAUACUCUCGUGUGUUUCUGACACCGCCCAUACCAUUAGCGCUAUAGUUGUGAUGUGCACAGCUGUCGCAAGGAGUAUGUGCUAGGCCACGAAUUAUAACCGGCACCGUGUGAAUACCUUUCCUUGCGACAAAUAUGACGAGGGUCGUUGCUCGAGUCACGUCGGCGCAAGCCGCCAUGCGGACUCGAAGCAGAGUCCUAAAACCCAAGAAACAUAAAAUUAUUAUGGAGAGCAUUACCCAGGAAAAGAAGAAACUUCGCAGUGUUAUUUCUUUCGAGGCCAAGGCUCCCCCUGGCUAUACCUUUAUACCUGCCGGCAACCCCAAGUUCACUAAUGCAUGCAAGGAGAUGUGUCGGCAAGAUGGGCUCCAAGUCUUUGCUGUUUCGACAACACCUCAUCAACGAAUGCACGACCUUUCUCAACAAGUACAUAGGAUUGGUUAUCACUUCCCUAGCGUCGUUGUGGCCACAAUAUGUAUGGAACUGGGUCUAUUUCUUUCGUCGACGGGGAAAGUUGUACCAUACUCGUCCUCUCAAUAUCCUGUAAAGGGUCUUGGUCGGGAACGACGGGCUGAUUCCGAGGUAUCCCAAAAUACAAUCAAUGUGGAGGCGAAGGAUGCAAUCAAGGAUUUAUUCCCUAGCAUCCCGACGAAAGAUUUGAACCGGAUAAUCAAAACGGCGUUCCAAAAGGGUAAACGCAAAGUCGGGACUGCCGUCGAAUUGCCCCUCGCACGCCGUGUGCAAUUAGCUGUUGUAGCUCAUAUUCGUCACGUCUAUACUGACUACGAUCGGCUACUCAGGAUUACUUCCUUUCAAGAUGCCAGGGCAGCAGUUGAAGAGCCAACUCUUGCCAAGCUUGUUCAAUGGCGAGGUGAUGAUGAGAAUGGCAAAACCGUUUUAGAAGAUGUAUUCCGAGAGGUUAUCGUUAUUUCCGAUGACGAAGAUGAUGAAGAUGAGAGUGACCUUGCCGACGAGGGCUUCUCCAGAGAGGGUCGACAAUCGAGCGUUGAGAUCGUGUCGAGUAGUGCCCUAGCAGGAGAGCUUCAAACAAGGCCUAUGAAUUAUGGACACCUUCCUUCUGGUGACCGUGAGGCCGCCCAGGAUUUUUCUGAAGAUGAAGCUCCCUCUGGGUUCAGGUUCAUACCCCAGCUUUCGCGAAAGAAAAGGACUGCGGACAAAAAGAGAGCCGAUCGUAGGGGCUUUAGCCGAUAUGAAGCCUGGGAUCGAGCUCGAGACCGGUACAAGGCUGGCGAAUAUUUACCUAAUACUACUAGGCCUGAUGAUUGUGUGGUCGAACGCUAUUCAGUUCCUCCUACCAUGCAGGACACCUUGCAGGAAACGACCAGACUCAAUAGCCACCACACACGACCACUUCUUGUCCAUGUACCAAUUCCCCCCGGAACGCGCACUGCACGGCCCAAUGAUUCUACUAACGAAGCACGCUUUAACCAACCUCUGAGCUCAACGGAUCACCCACCAUUGGAUAGCCGCCCGUAUUUUCUCGAACCGAAUAAAUCUCGACCGGGACCACCUGAUCGGAUCCAGUUGGCUGAUGGUGCUGUAUUUGAGAGAGCCGACAUCAACACAUGGCCUGAACAGGAGAGAAUAGUUCAACAACCGAAGCAGUUACCUCCUACGCUUGUAUCCCCCAAUUUACCAGAAACGCACACUGAUGAAAGGAGAUUCCGUAUACCUACCGGAAAUUUGCAUCCCCCUUCCCGCCGUGGAGGGGAUAUCAGUGAGUAUCAGGAGCAGCGCGUGCUCCCAUCAAUUGAAGGACCAGAGCUUCCUAGCCGUUUCAGAAACCAGGGAGUGGGACAACCGGACCUACUACCUCGAAAAAGGGUUCCAGAUGACUUCCCACCGUACUACAUGAAGCCAGCCAAUCCUCCUAUUGAGGAAGUCUCAGGCAAGAUGAACGUAAUUAACAUUAACGAAGACAGACACAUCUCACAAAAAAGACGAGUAGAAUAUAAUACUAUACGUGGGAGCUCUCCUAUGGAUAGAGGUCGAGACAGAGUUAUUAUAUCCUUACCACAGGGGCCAUACGAUUUCCCAGCUUAUCGUAAACCAGGCCUUUCGGAUGUUUCAUAUUUUUACACGGAGCAGCAACAACUCUCAUCAAAUGAACGGAGUGAAGAUCUGGGCCACCAUCUUGAGCGAGUUCCACUUGGUACUAAAAGGCCUUUUGAUCCUGUUCCCUCAAGUUCACACUUUUCUAGUGGUUUAUCUGAUCGUCCCGAACAUGGACAUCGAUAUGGAGCACCUGGUCUCCAUGAGGCUCGUCACGGCCUUUCCAGCCGGAAUCUUUUAGAAUCUCCUCGCUUUGUUUCUGCAUCUGAUGAACCUAGUUUUAAGAUGGUCAGGAAUGACGGUCGACCCGUCAGACCUAACCAUGUUCCCAGUUUCAAUCAUCCUCAACCUCAAAUUUUUGACCAUGAGGACUUUGUAAACCCAAGAGGUCCAAGUUCAUUCAGGGAUGCCAGCCGUCCAGUUUUUGUUACACAAGAACCGCCUAUCAGGCGGAAGUUGCUUCCUGAUGAAAAUACUCGAAUUUCCAGUCUUCACUCUCACGACUUUGUACGUCCUGUUAAUUUGCAGGACGCAGAUGGAUCUAUCAGCCAUGAACCACAGGGGGGGCCAGCACGUCCAGCUAGCCCUCGUAAGACAAGAUAUGUACCCCGUGGUGCAUUCAAGGCGUACGACCGAGUCCGAGCUGAAUCUCAGGCGGAUCGCCCGCAUUCACCACAGCCCUUCACCUCCCGAGUAGCUCCAGUUCAUGAGCCCAACGAUACAUUUUAUAUUGGUCCAAACUCCCCUCCCCGAACUGGCUGUUCAACUUUGAAUCCUCCCCAACCUUCUUCGGUUUUAUAUGAUUCGCGAGUAGUUCGGCUACCUAUUGAUGACGAUGGACGAAGGUACCCCGACGACGAUGGCAUGCAGCACCACGUGGUACUCCGAGACGGCGGCCUUAGAUGGAGACCUCGUAGCUCGCCGCUAUUAUGAACGAAUGUCCCACGAACGCCCAAGUAUCGUUCUGGGUGAAUAAAUGAAUCAUUUUUGAUUCAGCGCGACACGUUCAUGAGCUGAGCAUGCUUCUGCUGAAUUUCUCUACCAUAUAUCCUUUUUCCUUGAAAGAAAGAAUUUAAUCUUAUAAUCUCUGUAUUUAUUGAGUUGGUGUUGGGUUUGCCUUAAUGCGGGAGGCCAGGCGGUGACGGGUUUACUACGAUAAUAGACGGGGUUGGAACUUUGAACGCAUUGUUUGGUUUGGAGUUUUGUGGAGGAGUUUCUGUUACGCGCCGGCGGAUUCCACCGGCUCCCUCGGACUAGUUCUGCAUGUUUCCGCUCUUCUUGUUCCAUAUUGUUGUCUUUUUUACUUUUUGUGUCAUUCUCUCCCCGCGGCAAUGCUGUAUAGUAGUUACUUGAUACCCAAUUGCCUCGGAGAGGGUUGACGUAAUGCAUGUACAUACUGCCUUGAGACUCCAGUGGAGCCAAUUUAUAUGGAUUAAUUAAUCGCCUAGGAGAUCCAUUUGAUUUUCUUUGUAUGUACAGUGCUAUUAACUGACAUAAAUGUUGGUGAGGUGAUAGUUAGCAUCUAUCAAAUGUUUAACUAGAGCAAACAAACUAGUUUUAAGAAACAAAUAUUACGAUUCUUUAAAGAUAGCUGGCUAAAGAUAUUGUAUUGCUAUGGUGAUAGCGUGCAAGUAAUCCCGGAGAGCAAGGCAAGGCAUGAGAUUGACCCUAUCUAUCCUCUCCCUCUGGUAUUUCUGCCUCUGAUCUGAUGCCACAUUCGUAAAAAGAAGGCAGGAAAACCCUCCCCAUAGUUAUCAGAACGUAGGGGAUUCCACCUAUUUCAAAAUAUGAAAAAUAAUCCAGCGC